AUGGAAGAGUUCGAGUCCACAGGGGAUAAACGUGCGCUCUCUUCGUCGACACUCUGGGUGGCAUUGGCCUUGGUAAACGUGCUCAUCUCAGCGCAAUCGAUCUCACUCGCCGCUGGCACUAGAAAUAACAUGCAAGACAAACAAUCUCAACCCUUGAAAAAACACUUUUCUGCAUCAGUUUCAGGUCUGGGUAAGCGAGCGGUCAGCUCUUUCGAUACGCUUGGUGGGAUCGGCCUAGGGAAGCGACAAACGGAUAAAAAAGCACUCAGCAGUUUCGAUACGCUUGGAGGAAUCGGUCUCGGGAAACGAUACGAUGUAAUGACUGGAGAGAAGAAAUCGGUGAGCAGCUUCGACACUUUGGCUGGCAUUGGCCUUGGAAAAAGGGCAGGAUAUUUCACGCCG